UAUGUUCAUUUAAGUGAAAAUUAGUCAUGCUAUUUUCUUUUUUCCCCAGUAGUCAGUGGCACUAGAUGGAACCAGGAAACAAUACACAAGUUUCAAAAUUUCUUCUUCUGGGACUUUCAGAGGAACAAGAACUGCAGCCCCUUAUAUUUGGACUUUUCCUCUCCAUGUACCUCAUCACUGUGUUUGGAAACCUGCUCAUCAUCCUGGCUGUCAGCUCAGACUCCCACCUCCACACACCCAUGUACUUUUUCCUCUCCAACUUGUCCUUUGUAGAUAUUUGUUUCACAUCUACCACCAUCCCAAAGAUGCUGCAGAACAUUCAGGCCCAAAACAAAGUCAUAACCUAUGAAGGCUGCAUCACCCAGGUGUAUUUUUAUAUAAUCUUUGUAGGAUUAGAUGAUAUUCUUCUGGCUGUGAUGGCCUAUGACAGGUAUGUAGCCAUCUGUCAACCCCUGCAGUACACAGUCAUCAUGAACCCCCGGCUCUGUGGACUGCUGGUUCUGGUGUCUUGGAUCAUGAGUGCCCUGUAUUCCUUGUUACACAGUUUAAUGGUGUUGCGACUGUCCUUCUGCUCAGACUUGGAAAUCCCCCACUUUUUCUGUGAAAUCAAACAGCUGAUCCAACUUGCCUGUUCUGACACCUUUCUCAAUACCAUGGUGGUGUAUUUCGGAUCUGGGCUUUUGGGUGGUGUUCCCCUGGCUGGUAUCCUUUACUCAUACUCUAAGAUAGUUUCCUCCAUACAAGGAAUCUCAUCAUCUCAAGGGAAGUAUAAAGCAUUUUCCACUUGUGCAUCUCACCUCUCAGUUGUCUUAUUAUUUUAUUUUACUGGCUUAGGUGUGUACCUUAGCUCUGCUGCUACCCGCAGCUCACAUUCAAGUGCAACAGCCUCGGUGAUGUACACUGUGGUCACACCCAUGCUGAACCCUUUCAUCUACAGCCUGAGAAAUAAAGACAUAAAGAGGGCACUGAAAAGAUUAUUUGGGAUGGAAACUUUUACAAAAAGGCCGUUUGUCCUGGCAUUGAAGAAAUGCCCGUGA